CUGGUUGCCUAGGGGAACCUUCUGAGGGCAAGUGGGCUUCUUUUGACAGUUGCGUGUCCCUUCCGUCCAGCCUGGCUUCCGAUUCUGCCUUGCGUGUUUAUGACGAGCCUGCGAACCGGGACGUGAGAACCCUCAGAUAAUAAGGAAGAAAUUACUGUGUUUGCAUCAUGGAUAACACAAAGGAGAAGGACAACAACUUCAAAGACGACCUUCUGCUCCGGAUGGGACUAAAUGAUAACAAGGCAGGAAUGGAAGGGUUGGAUAAGGAGAAAAUUAACAAAAUUAUCAUGGAAGCCACAAAGGGGUCCAGAUUUUAUGGAAAUGAGCUCAAGAAGGAAAAGCAAGUCAACCAACGGAUUGAAAACAUGAUGCAACAGAAAGCUCAAAUUACCAACCAGCAACUAAGGAAAGCCCAGUUACAGGUUGACAGACUUGCAAUGGAGUUAGAACGGAACCGGGAUUUGAACAAUACCAUAGUUCACGUCGACAUGGAUGCUUUCUAUGCAGCUGUAGAAAUGAGGGACAAUCCGGAACUGAAGGAGAAACCCAUCGCCGUAGGAUCCAUGAGCAUGUUGUCUACUUCAAAUUACCAUGCAAGGAGGUUCGGUGUCCGUGCAGCCAUGCCAGGAUUUAUUGCUAAGAGGCUCUGCCCACAGCUUAUUAUAGUGCCCCCAAACUUUGACAAAUACAGAGCUGUGAGUAAGGAGGUUAAAGAGAUACUUGCUGAAUAUGAUCCCAAUUUUAUGGCCAUGAGUCUGGACGAAGCCUACUUGAAUAUAACACAGCACUUACAGGAAAGGCAAGAUUGGCCUGAGGACAAAAGAAGAUUUUUCAUCAAAAUGGAAAACUGUAGAAAAAUUGAUACACCCAGACAGGAAGCUAACGAGCUGACUGAGUAUGAGCGGUCCACCUCCCCGCUGCUUUUUGAAGAUAGUCCUCCUGAUUUGCAACCCCAAGGACGUCCUUUCCAACUGAACUCUGAAGAACAAAACAAUCCUCAAAUAGCCCAAAAUCCAGUUGUUUUUGGAACAUCAGCUGAGGAAGUGGUAAAGGAAAUUCGCUUCAGAAUUGAACAAAAAACAACACUGACAGCCAGUGCAGGCUAUGUUUCUGGAAUAGGAAAAGUUACAGAGAAAAUGUUAAUGGCUCUCGGGAUCGUUACUUGCACAGAACUCUACCAACAGAGAGCGUUGCUUUCUCUGCUUUUCUCUGAGACGUCUUGGCGUUAUUUUCUUCACAUUGCACUGGGUCUAGGUUCAACAGACCUGGCAAGGGAUGGAGAAAGGAAAAGUAUGAGCGUUGAAAGGACAUUCAGUGAGAUAAGUAAAACAGAGGAACAGUACAGCUUGUGCCAAGAACUGUGCACUGAGCUCGCCCACGAUCUCCAGAAGGAAGGACUUAAGGGAAGAACAGUUACCAUUAAGCUGAAGAACGUGGAUUUUGAAGUAAAAACUCGCGCAUCCACAGUUCCCUGGGCCGUUUCUACUGCAGAAGAAAUAUUUGCCAUUGCUAAGGAGCUGCUGAGGACAGAAGUUAAUGCGGGUUCUCCACAUCCUCUGCGGUUAAGACUGAUGGGUGUCCGGAUGUCUACUUUUUCCAAUGAAGAUGACAGGAAACACCAACAAAGGAGCAUCAUCGGCUUCUUACAAGCUGGAAACCAUGCUUUGUCAUCUACCGGGUGUAUUCUAGACAAAACUGACAAAACUGAGCUUGUAAAGCCCUUAGAAAUGUCUCAUAAGAAGAGUUUCUUUGAUAAAAAGCGAUCAGAAAGAAUCUCGAACUGUCAAGACACACCCAGAUGUAAAAUUUCAGGUCAGCCAACUUUCCAGACCUCAGAGACAUCCCAUGCAUUUAAAAAGAUGAGCGAGAGUUUUGAAACAUCAGAGAAUUCAAAUGACUGUCAGACAUUUAUAUGUCCAGUUUGCUUUAAGGAGCAAGAAGGUAUCAGUCUGGAAGCCUUUAAUGAACAUGUAGAUGCCUGUCUUGAUGGACCAUCAACCAGUGAGAACUCAGAAAUGCCCUGUUACUCACGCGCUUCCUCUGCAGACAUUGGUCACCACUCUAUUCCACUCUGGGAGAAACGUGGACAUGAAAAUGGAGAGGUGGCUUCAGUAGAUGGUGUAGAUCUAACAGAGACUGAAGACAGAUCACUGAAAGCAGCAAAUAUGGACACUCUCGGGAAUAAUCACAGCAAGGAGGAAUAUCCUGAUAUUCCAGACAAAUCUUGUCCUGUAUCAUUGGCAAGUGAAACCGUCAGUAUAUUAAGUAGGCAAGAACCUGCCCAGCCCUAUACAGAUGAGGUAGUAACAGGACAACGAGCUCUAGUUUGUCCUGUUUGUAACCUAGAGCAAGAGACUUCUGAUCUUACUGUCUUCAACAUACAUGUGGAUAUUUGCUUAAAUAAAGGCAUUAUCCAAGAACUGAGAAAUAGUGAAGUUAAUUCGGUUAAGCAACCCAAAGAAAGCUCGAGAAGCACUGACAGACUUCAGAAGACUUCGGGAAGGACUAAAAGGCCAGGACUGAAGACGAAGGGCUCAGCAUCAAAGAAAACAAAACCUCGAGAUCCCAGACACACCCUUGAUGGAUUUUUUAAAUGAACUUUGAACAUUUUAUCAACGUUUUUCAUUGAAAUUAUUAUUUUCAUAAUCAAUGUAUUUAAUCUUCCUCAUUUUAAUAUUCCCCUUUAAGGAAGACAAGUGCAAUAAUACCUCCCCCACAUGACCUUUUUAAGAAUGUAGACUGAAUAUUAACUUAUUUCUUUUGUAUUUUUCUUAAUAACCAUGACAAUUUCAUUCCCAAUAUAUACAUAUAUGUAUAAUGUAUAUGCAUAUGUUGGAAAGCAGUCGUGUUAGAGACAACUUAAGUGAGGUCAGAAGGCGAUGGGUUAUUUUAUAAUAAAUAUAAAAUAUUUACAAGGACUCUGAGCUGUGUGCAACCACCUCAGCAUCAGCUCCUCAGUGCUUAGACCCCAUGUUGCCACUGACGCUACUGUACCUGUAUCUUAACAGAGAGAGCAUGGCAUGGCAGUUCCCUCCAGGAAAGUGAUGCACAGUAUUAUCUGUCUUCAGAGGACCUGUUCAAACUGUUGUUAUUUGUCUUGUCUUACUUAUCUUAUGAAUAAGCACUUGGUUCACAUAAAGAAAUACUUAGUCUGUAACUCAAAAUCAUUUUUUUAACUCAGUACUUUAAAUGGCAGUAUUUCAUUUCUUAUCAAUUAUAUUUGAUUACAAAUCUGCAGUAAAGAAGAUAAGUUGUGUAGUUGCUUGGC